GUGGUUCGAGUCUCUGGCGGGUGCUAUAGCAACAAAGGGACCGGAAGAGGACCUGUCAGACGUCGGGGGAGGGGGCGCCUCUUCUCCGUGUUUUCUUCCGGGAGAAGAAAGCCGGAAGGCACAUGCGCCGAGCGCGGUGCCCAUCCUUCUCCCCCACCCCGAGAAGCCGCUGAAAAUCUACGAGCCCCGCCGGAGCGGCUCCCAAGCGGACACCGACGGAGGAAGCCUGGCCUGUGCUGCCGGGAAGGGCUCCGAGGACGCAGCCUGCCAGUUUCCCAGGCUCAGACUACAGCUGCAGGGAAAGGAGCUGCUACAUAAUACGCCCCACUCCGGGGACACCCCCCCCCCCCAUACACACACACACCCGCACCCAUCAUGGCUCAGCACAAGGCUCCCUGGCUCAGUUUCUCUGUCCAGCUCUUCCCGGUUCGAGUUAAUUCCGUGGGAAGGAGCCCCGUGAUCCUAAAGGGGAUCCAGGGUGGUACAGCCUCCCCCCCCCCCCCCCCCCCCCCCCCCACAACCAUUCGGGUCUCCCACCCUUGAGGGUCCACAGACUAUCCGGAUGAAGAGAGAGAAGGCUGGGUGUAUCCAGGGUCUUCCUUGAGCUGAAGCCCCUCCUGGGACAGCAGCCUGUGGUGUGCAUCUUCUUUGAUGAUGAUGGUGCUGGUUGGUGCUGAGUCACAAAAGGGCCCAGGCAGUGCAACAAGAUGUACCAGGGCCAGGGGGGGCCAGGACUGUUGGCUCAUCUAUGGGGCGGUCUCAAAGCAAGCAUGAAGACCCGGCAGGAGGCAUAGAUACUGGCAAGAUAAAAGAUCCCAAGAUUCCACAAGUCAAACCGGAGCAGAAUGCACACGCUCACCAAGGCAUGGGCCAUCCCUCAACAUCCAGAUCACCAAGGAAGUCACUGGUUCAUUCUAAUGUAGAAGCACCUGAUAAACAAGGAAAGAGGAAAAGGACUGUUCCCAAAAUUGUGGUCAGUGGGCCCUCCAACGAACAUCUGGCAACCACCACCAUUGACGACGAACUUCCUGAGACUAAAACCAUCCGGGAUUCAGAAGACUACGGCCCCUAUACGGUGCACUCAAAACCCAGCACAAUAGAUGCUUAUAGAACCACCACAGAAAAGCAGUGAGUGAGCACACCAGAAUGUUAGCCAUGCUGAUGGUGGCAGGUGCCACUAAAGAAAGCUAGAAGCACAGUCCUCGUCCCCUCUUAAUAAAUGGGAGUCCAUCCCAAUGAAUCCUUUCCUGGUAAAACUGUCCCCACCACGACUGCUGCGUGUGCAGAGGGAGGGGCGGGGGCAGAGCUUCGCCAGAUGUAAAUGUGGGGGCAGGAUAUUCACUUCCAAAUAAAUAUGUUUAGUAAAUGCUUUAUGAUUCCCGACUGAUAACAAAGCCAUGUUUUCAUGGAUGCAUUCAUGCAGUUGAGACAGGAUAUCAUGACCUGGCCGUGAUCUGGGCCAUGUCUUAAACGGCCGACUCUUGCUUGCCUGUUGGUUUCUGUUGCUCGUUGGACACCUGCUGGCGUCUACACUUCAAAGCAUUGGGAAGUAUGGCUUCUUUUGCCUUCCCAUGAGAAUGGAGGGGUGCUGUUCCCUCCCCUGGGAACUGGUUGUGGGAGGCGGUGUCAAGCUAUGUGUAAGUGGACAAGGGGUGGUGGAGUGAGGGUAAAAUGGAAGCUGUUUUGGCCCCUAAUUCUUAGUUCUGUCAACAGAAGUCUAAAUGCUUUAUCCUAAUGCUGUUUUAAAUAAAGGAAAU